AUGAGUUCUUCAAUGCCUCUCGUAGGCCCCAGUUUGGCUAUCUUCGUCGUUUCCGUUGUGAUGAUGGCUCUCUCCACUGUGACAGUCCUGCUGAGGACCUUCGUGCGACUGUAUAUCCUCAGAGCCUUUGGUUGGGAUGACGUCCUUAUACUGGCAGCUCUAGCUUUAUUCGUGACAUUGAGCGUCUGCUGUUUCAUCGGGACAAUGAAUGGUGUCGGCCGCUCAAGGGCAGAGUUCACAAAUAUGGAAGUCUAUAGAAAGGCCUUGCUAUACUGGUGGCUCAGUCAGAUCUUCUACGUAUGGGCGUCCGCCCUGACCAAGGUAUCUAUUGCUAUCUCUCUCCUUCGGUUAACAGUUUUAAAGAUUCAUCGUGUGAUUCUUUGGAGCAACAUCGGUCUUACCAUUGCUGUCGGUGUCAUGUUUUGGCUUGUCUUGCUCCUGGCCUGCGAUCCAAUAUCCUACUUCUGGGAUUUUGCGGAUCCCACGAAAUCAGGGACUUGUAUGUCCGAGAAGAUCCUGGUCGAAAUCGCGUAUGUUUACAGUUCUCUGACAAUCGUGUGUGAUUUGACGCUUGGAAUUCUGCCUUACUUCCUCGUCUGGAAGCUUCAGAUGAACAACAGAACGAAGUUUGCAGUUGGAGGAAUUCUCAGCAUGGGCGCCAUUGCAAGCGUCGCUGUCAUAAUUCGACUUCCGUUCCUUCACUUCUAUGCAGAUGCUAAUUUCCUACGUUCCACCUACCAGAUCGCCAUCUGGUCCGUCGUUGAAACUGGCCUCGGAAUCACAGCAAGCAGCCUCGUAACUCUUCGUCCCCUUUUCCGCUGGCUGCUGGAUGAAAGCCUAUCGCCCGUUCGGCAUGCGCGCAGCUCCGGAAGAGACUCUGGCAAAUACCCGCUCUCCAGCCUGAAAAGUCAUGGCUUGAAGAACUCUGACGAUCCGAGCUUUUGGCGCCCCGAUUGUAGGUCCGAAAAUGACAACGGUGUGAUUAGUACCGUAUUGUCUUCCCUGCCUCAGGAUUCUAUCGAUUACAGCAGCAGCCAGGAGGCUUUGAAUCAUCAAAUGUGGCCUGCCACUUUGCAAGAUCAUAUCACUAUUCAAAGGACUCUAGUACAAACUACGUCAGAGCGAUAG